CUCUGUCAUGGCGGCGUCCAGUUUUCGAGCUAGUGUGAAGAAACGGAAUGUUAGGGUUUUUAUUAGCAAGACAGGCGGGUUUGGACGACCCUCUUCGCCUCCGGAGAGCGGAGUCCACACGGAGGGUUUUGGGACUGGAGUUAAACAAAGACAGAGAUGUUGAAAGGAUCCAUGGCAGUGGAGUUAACACCCUUGACAUUGAACCUGUUGAAGCAAGAUACAUGUUAUCAGGUGGUUCAGAUGGUGUGAUUGUACUUUAUGAUCUUGAGAACUCCAGCAGACAACCUUAUUACACAUGUAAAGCAGUGUGUUCCGUUGGCAGAAGCCAUCCUGAUGUUCACAAAUACAGUGUGGAGACUGUACAGUGGUAUCCUCAUGACACCGGCAUGUUUACAUCAAGCUCCUUUGAUAAAACUCUGAAAGUGUGGGAUACAAAUACAUUACAAACUGCAGAUAUAUUUAAUUUUGAAGAAACCGUUUAUAGUCAUCAUAUGUCUCCAGUUGCCACCAAACACUGUUUGGUAGCAGUUGGUACUAGAGGGCCCAAAGUACAACUUUGUGACUUAAAGUCUGGAUCCUGUUCCCACAUUUUACAGGGUCACAGACAAGAAAUAUUGGCAGUUUCCUGGUCACCUCGUUGUGAAUAUGUCUUGGCAACUGCAAGUGCUGACAGUAGAGUAAAAUUAUGGGAUGUGAGAAGAGCAUCAGGAUGUUUAAUUACUCUUGAUCAGCAUAAUGGAAAAAAGUCACAAGCUGUUGAAUCAGCAAACACUGCUCAUAAUGGGAAAGUUAAUGGCUUGUGUUUUACAAGUGAUGGGCUUCAUCUCCUUACUGUUGGUACAGAUAAUCGAAUGAGGCUCUGGAAUAGUUCCAGUGGAGAAAACACACUAGUAAACUAUGGAAAAGUUAAUAAUGACAGCAGAAAAGGAUUGAAAUUCACUGUCUCCUGUGGCUGCAGUUCAGAAUUUGUUUUUGUACCAUAUGGUAGCACUAUUGCUGUUUAUACAAUUUACUCAGGAGAACAGAUAACUAUGCUUAAGGGACAUUAUAAAAGUGUUGACUGCUGUGUAUUCCACUCUAAUUUCCAGCUAUUGCACCAAGCACCCUAAGAGACCACUAGCUUCACCCCCUUUCCUGAGGCCUCCUAGUUUACACCUCAGUCCAACACCUAAGAGGGACUGUCAGGAUCCUGCUUCUACUCUGUGGCUGUUAUGUCUGCUGAUUGGUCAGUAUCCUGAUGUACUAGUUAUUAAAUAUUUUUAGUAUUACUUCUGAGAGAAGAAGACUAAGACACCAGAGAAGUGACAUGCAUUUCCUCAAACCUGUAAGUAGUUAUUCACAGAGCGUGGUUGUCUAUUCAAGAAAUUCUUGUAUGUCUUUUCUUAUGCCAAGUCACUAAGAGACACAGCAAAGAUUUUAAACCAGAUAUACUGACUUAAAUUACUGCUUUCUACCAAAUCAGAAUUCCUAACACAUGUGCCUAGAAUAGAUAAAAAAUGUGCCAGGUCACAGCCAGAAACCUGGGCUAGUUGCCUCCUAACUAAUCUCAUUUCUCUAGGUGCUACGUACACAGGCUUGAAUCACUGCACUACAUCACACAAUUUCCAGCUCUUACCCCAUUAUAUUCAUUAUGAUUUUUGAAAAGGAGAAUAAUUCUAAGUCUCAAAAGCAAAAUAGGGUAGUACUUUGCAUCCAUUUAGCAGUAGAACCCUUUUUCAAAUUAAAUACUACACAGAAUUCACAACCUGAAAACAAAAUUGAUAGUUAUAGUAGUUCUAUCAUAACCAUAAAAAUCUAACAAGAUAAACCUGACAUUGAGAUAAAUAAUGAUAGUACUGGGUUAUAACACAUUGACUAAAAUAAGGAUACAUGAAUCCAUUCAGGUAUAAUUAAGUAAACUAAUAAAUUGGAAGUCUAAUGAGGAAUGGGAUAUUUACAUAGUCCCAAAAUACCUCCCCACAAAAUUAUGAAUUACAAAGGUAAAAUGUGUAGUUUUACCUUGAAGAAGCCUGGCAUACAUCACCUUAAUCAAAUGAUCAAAGUUAACAUCCCAAUUACAUGAUAUUCCUUCAAUGAUAGUCCUGGCAAAGAUGUAUCACCUCAAUUUAAUCAUGAGGAAACAAGAAAAUUUGAAGGGCAUUCUACAAAAGAACUAGUGUGUAUCUUCUAAACUGUCAAGGUCAGGAAGGCCAAGGGCAGACUGAAGAACAGUUCCAAAUUGAAGGAAAGUUAGGAGACAUGACAACUACGUGCAGCAUAUGAUUUUAAUCUGGACCCUUUUGCUUUGGGGGCAUUUAUUCAGACAGUUGAUGAAACCUGAAUGGAGUCUAAGAAUUAGCUGGCAGUAAUAUAUCAUUGUGAAUUUUUUUUUGUUGUUGGAUGCACUGUAAUUUAUGAGAGUGUCCUUAUUCAAAGGAAAUACACACUCAGCCAUUCAAGAGUGACAGGAUUCAUGUUGUCAGCUUAGUCUCUUAUGUUGAUUUUUUUUUUUUAAGAUUUUUAAAAAUUUACUUAUUUGACAGUAGGCAGAGAGACAGGCACAG